AUGGCAUUCACUGGAACCCUGGAUAAGUGCAAGGCUUGUGAUAAGACUGUUUAUGUUGUUGAUAUGAUGUCUCUUGAAGGAGUGCCUUAUCAUAAAUCCUGCUUCAAAUGCACCCACUGCAAAGGAACUCUUGUGAUGAGCAACUACUCAUCCAUGGAUGGAGUCCUCUACUGCAAGACUCAUUUUGAGCAACUUUUCAAGGAGGGUGGCGAUUUCAGCAAGAAUUUUCAGAAAGGCAAGCCUGAGAAGACUCAUGAGCUGUCUAGGACCCCCAGCAAACUCUCUUCCCUGUUCUGUGGAACCCAAGACAAAUGCUCCACCUGCGGCAAAACAGUGUACCCACUGGAGAAGGUUACCAUGGAGGGAGAAUGUUACCACAAGACAUGCUUCAGGUGUGCUCAUGGUGGGUGUCCACUCACACACUCAUCUUAUGCUGCUCUUGAUGGAGUCCUCUACUGCAAGGUCCACUUUGCUCAGCUCUUCAUGGAAAAGGGAACCUAUAGCCAUGUUCUUGCAUCAGCUACACACAAGAGAUCAACCUCCACACCACCUCCAGAACUGGCCGAGUCGAACACAGAGGAAGAAGCUGCUGCUGAGGAAAAGUCCGAAGAGCAAUCUUAA